GCAAGAGGCAGCAGCUCCGCGCGUUGAACUGGGAGCUCAUGAGCUUCCAAAUACCACUCCAAGCUCAACUAAACAACAACCACACAAUCCGCAAACAUGUGAGUUCAUCUGUACGAAAGAUCCAAGUUUUCAUGAUGCUAAUGUAUGUUUUCAAUCCAGGGAGGUAUUACUUGGAAUCACUGGUCAAGACUUUACCCUCAUUGCAGCCUCCAAAGCUGCAAUGAGAGGUGCAACCGUCCUCAAAGCUGCCGACGACAAGACCAGACAGUUGAAUAAGCACACUCUAAUGGCAUUCUCCGGCGAAGCAGGAGAUACCAGUACGUCUACAAUCACACUACACUCUUAGCUCCAGAAGCCCUCACUAAUAUCCUCCCUCCAGUCCAAUUCGCAGAAUACAUCCAAGCCAACGCUCAACUCUACUCCAUGCGCAACGGCAUCGACCUCUCCCCUUCAGCCGUCGCCAACUUCGUCCGCGGCGAGCUCGCCUCCUCCUUACGCUCCCGCAAGCCCUACAACGUCAACCUGCUUCUCGGCGGCGUGGACCCCAUCACCCUCAAGCCAUCAUUAUAUUGGAUGGACUACCUAGCGUCGCUUGCCCCCCUCCCAUAUGCCGCCCAUGGAUACGCACAAUACUACUGUCUCUCCAUCCUUGAUAAGCAUCACCACCCGGAUAUCAAUUACGAGCAGGGAAUCAAGAUCCUUAGGAUGUGUACGGAUGAGCUGAAGAGGAGGUUGCCGAUUGAUUUCAAGGGGAUGUUGGUGAAGGUGAUUACGAAGGAUGGGAUUCGGGAGGUGGAUUAUGAUGAUUCGGCAAGGAUUGAUUGCCCUUAGUUGUCUCUUGUGGGUUCGCAGGGGAGGAUGAAUGGGUCUCUGGCGUGAUGGGGAAAUUACUGAAUGGAUGUAUUAUAGCAUGGCAUCAAAUGGCGAUCACGUACGGUCAAGACUAUCAUGAAAUCUGGUUUACUGGAUCUUUUGGUAUUUCCCGGAUUGGUAUGAUGUGUGGUGAGCG